AUGGUUGCCAAAAACACCUUUAAUAAUGAAAAACUUAAAUAUUCUCCCGGUAUACCCUUCACUAUGACAUAUAAAACUAGGAAACAAAUGUUGCAGGAUGGUUGGGAUAAAAUUUUCAUUAGACGAACUUAUGAUUUACUAGGUGAAGAUAAAUAUCCCACUUCCUGGAAUCAAUCCUUUGCUAAGUCCCAAAUUGUUCCGGUCAUGAAACUUAUAAAUGGUAAAGACAUCCGUACUGUGGUUGCUCAAGAUUUAGCUUCAAGUUUUUUAGACCAUGUUAUAACAUUUGAAAGGUUAAAAAGACAGACUAUGUUUGAAACAGGAUGUGGAACAGGUUUAGUUUUAAAUCAAAAUAUGGUAAAAUUAUAUGAAGCUUUGGAUGAAAAACGACAGCUGGGGUGGAAAUUAGGGGAAGGGAAUGGUAAAGCAUAUGAUUCAAAAUUAGAAAAAUAUGCUGCAGAAGCUAUGACUGCACU